GGUGGUCCUUCAGUCAAAACAUAUGGUAGCACGGAUGUUACAAAGCUGGCACAUGUUCCGUUGCAAGCUACCAUCUGAGGUUCGGCUGAAGACAAUCAGCGAUAUGCCUCCUAGAGAUGAUAUGUCACUCAAAGAACCAAACGCGAUGGGAUCUAUGAGAGAACAACGCACCAGUAGUGUGCCGAAUGAGCCCAUACAAACUGUAGAAGAUGAUAGUGACCAGACACCUUACACUGUACGUCGCAGAUCAGAUACGGGACUAACUACACGGAUGAUGAAUAAAAUGUUAAACCCUUCACCAAGCACACAUCGAAAAAACGAUUAGUCGCCGGCCACUCACUGGUCGGCGAAACUUCAC